UGGGGUGGGCGCCGGCUGGGAGCCAGAGGGCGGGUGCGGAGGUGAGCGCCGGCACCUGGCUCGGCGCCCCGCUCCUCUGCGAGAGGCUUGGCGCGGCCGUUGGGGCCGUUGGAGGAGGCGGGCGAGCUUUGACCCCGGCCGUGGCUGGAGGAGGAGGUGGGAGGCCCUAGAGUUUAUCCCCGUUUGAAUGUCUCAUGAGGGCAUCUCUAAACCCGGAGAUGCCUACAUAGAAGAGUGACAGCAGCUGGACUGAAUGUUUCACUGCUGAACUGGUUCCUCAGGUACCCUGGCUCUGGUGAUUGCUAUGGGAGAGUGGAUGACUGUUACAGAUCCAGAUCUGUCUUCAGAAAGCAAAAAUAUCUGUCAAUAUACCUCAGAAACAAAGAUGUCUCCAUCAAGUUUAUACUCACAGCAAGUGCUAUGUUCUUCAAUACCUUUAUCAAAAAAUGUGCACAGUUUUUUCAGUGCCUUCUGCACAGAGGAGAAUAUUGAACAAAGUGUUUCAUAUCUUGAUCAGGAAUUGACUACUUUCGGUUUUCCUUCAUUAUAUGAAGAAUCCAAAGGUAAAGACACAAAGAGAGAAUUAAAUAUAGUUGCUGUUUUAAAUUGUAUGAAUGAGCUACUUGUACUUCAGCGGAAGAACCUUCUAGCUCAGGAAAAUGUAGAAACACAGAAUCUGAAACUGGGAAGUGAUAUGGACCAUCUGCAGAACUGCUAUGCAAAACUUAAGGAGCAACUGGAAACCUCCAGGAGAGAAAUGAUUGGGCUUCAGGAAAGAGACAGACAGUUACAGUGCAAGAACCGGAAUUUGCAUCAGCUACUGAAAAAUGAAAAAGAUGAAGUACAAAAAUUACAAAAUAUCAUUGCAAGUAGAGCUACUCAAUAUAAUCAUGAUAUGAAGAGAAAAGAACGUGAAUAUAAUAAAUUAAAGGAGCGUCUGCAUCAACUUGUUAUGAACAAGAAGGAUAAAAAAAUAGCUAUGGAAGUUUUAAAUUAUGUGGGGAGAGCUGAUGGAAAAAGAGGCUCCUGGAGGACGGGUAAAACUGAGGCCAGUUUCUUUCUCAGGAAUGAAGAUGAAAUGUAUAAAAUUCUCUUGAAUGAUUAUGAAUAUCGUCAGAAACAAAUCCUAAUGGAAAAUGCUGAACUUAAGAAGGUUCUUCAGCAAAUGAAAAAGGAAAUGAUUUCUCUUCUUUCUCCCCAAAAGCAGAAACCUAGAGAAAGAGCAGAUGAUAGUACAGGAACUGUUAUCUCUGAUGCUGAGGAAGAUGCUGGGGAACUGAGUAGGGAGAGUAUGUGGGACCUUUCCUGUGAAACUGUGAGAGAGCAGCUUACCAACAGCAUCAGAAAGCAGUGGAGAAUUUUGAAAAGUCAUGUAGAAAAGCUUGAUAACCAAGUUUCAAAGGUACACUUAGAAGGUUUCAAUGAUGAAGACGUAAUCUCACGACAAGACCACGAACAAGAAACUGAAAAACUCGAGUUGGAAAUUCAACAGUGUAAAGAAAUGAUUAAAACUCAGCAGCAGCUUUUACAGCAGCAGCUUGCUACUGCAUGUGAUGACGACACCACUUCACUGCUUCGAGACUGCUACUUGUUGGAAGAAAAGGAGCGCCUCAAGGAAGAGUGGUCCCUAUUUAGAGAGCAAAAAAAGAAUUUUGAAAAGGAAAGACGAAGCUUUACAGAAGCGGCUAUCCGCCUAGGAUUGGAGAGAAAGGCAUUUGAAGAAGAAAGAGCCAGUUGGUUAAAGCAACAGUUUUUAAAUAUGACUACCUUUGACCACCAGAACUCAGAAAAUAUGAAACUUUUCAGUGCCUUCUCAGGAAGUUCUGAUCGGGACAGUCUUACAAUGCACUCAAGGCCACAGCAAAAGAAGCCUCAGAAUAUGUCUAACGGGUCUCCAGUUUGCACAUCUAAACUUACUAAGUCUCUUCCCACUUCUCCUUCUACUUCAGACUUUUGCCAGACUCGUUCCUGUGCAUCUGAACAUAGUUCAGUCAACGUACCGAAUAUAACUCCUGAAGAAACUAAACCAAAUCAGGUUGGAAGAGAAUGUGCAAAUCAGAAGUGGAGCAUGGCAUCGAGACCUGAGUCACAGGAAGGUUGCUAUAGUGGGUGCUCCUUGACCUACACCAACUCCCAUGUAGAAAAAGAUGACUUACCUUAGACGUGUGGACUGGAACUGUUUUCAUUAACACGUUCAUCAGAUUUCACAUCUAAGUUGCAACAGGGUGUGUCAUAAAGUCAGUCAUCUCUACUAAUUUAAGGUGGUCUGAGUUGUUUGUUUGGACUUUCCUGUUCCUCCCCCAAAGAGCUAAAAUGUUAAAUCUAUUUAAAAGGAUAUAAAAGCUUUGGAUAAUGUAUUUUUAGUAACAGAAGCAUCUGGUUCUGUGAAUAAAGGAAUGUAUAUGUUUGGUCGAAAACAGAAGCACUAGAAUGAGUUUCCUCUUAUAGGUAUUAAAAAUAGCACUUUUAGGAAACUGAUUAUUGUAAAUGUUUAAUUUUGUCUCCUAUAUAGUUGGCAUUGGAAGUUUAGCCUUUACUUGAAUGUAUACUGUAGAUUUUUAACAAAGCAAGUUCUAUAUUUAUUAUGUUUAGUGUGAUUUGAAAUUUCCUCUUUCAUAUGUUUUAAAUAAAGUGAAAUUUAUGUAUGUUUUGUACAUAGAUAUACAUGAUUAUGUUAAGAGGCUUUAAGAUUUAAAAAUUUUACACAUCCAUAAUUAUAGUAUUUCAUGCCAAUAAAAUUUUUUUAGUGGUAUUCUGUUUACAGAUGUAUUAGAGCCAUUGCCACAUUAUGUUUAAGAAUUUUUUGAAUGCAUCUGAGCAAUAAAUACUCAAAAGCUGUUCCAUGAA